ACUCCCCCCUCCCCUUUCGUUCUCUCUCUCUGUAACCCACCUGUGGAUCCCCUACCUGGGCGAGGGGGCGGGUUCAGUGUGUGAGCACCUGUUGUUGUAAAGAGAGAGAGAAAAAAGACGUGCCUUCGCGCUCCUCGGUCGCCCCUUAUCCAAGAGGGAGGGAGAGAGCGGUUGUGCUUUACUUCCGUCGGUUCCUGCUUUUAUGACGUUUGUGUGUGUGUGUUGGUGAGUGCGUCCGACCGUGUGUGUUUGUAAUUCCCCUUCCCUUGUGUCCUAAGCCUCCGUCCCAACGCUCCUCCACGGCUCCUGAAGGACUCCGGGAAACCAGAAUUCCUCCCCAGGUGUAGCAUGACAUCACUGAUCUGACCAUGGGUUCAUUGUUGACAUACUUUGAGUCCCUGUGUGGGAAAAAAAGGGAAAAAGAGGAAGAGCGGUACAUCCAUGCCAACAACCGACCUCUGAACCUCCCCUAUCAGUACGCUGACAAUGCCAUCAGGACCUCUAAGUACAAUGUCUUCAGCUUCCUACCGCUCAACCUCUUUGAACAGUUCCAGAGGCUGGCCAACGCCUACUUCCUGGUCUUGUUGAUACUGCAGUUAAUCCCUGAGAUCUCGUCCCUCUCCUGGUUCACCACGGUGGUUCCUCUCCUUCUGGUUCUCACCAUGACUGCCGUCAAAGACGCCAGCGAUGACAUCAACCGGCACAGAAGCGACAAGCAGGUGAACAACCGUCGUGUGGACGUCCUCAUCGAUGGAGAACUACGGAGUGAGAAGUGGAUGAAUGUUCAGGUUGGAGACGUCAUCAAACUGGAGAACAACCAGUUUGUUACGGCUGAUCUGCUGCUGUUGACCUCCAGCGAGCCUCUGAACCUGGUCUACAUAGAAACGGCUGAGCUGGACGGGGAGACCAACCUGAAGGUGAAACAGGCCCUUACGGUGACAGGAGAUAUCGGCGACAGCAUCCCCGGGCUUGGAAGCUUCAAAGGGGAGGUGCGCUGUGAGCCCCCCAACAACCGCCUGGACAAGUUCAAGGGCACGCUGACUGUGAACGGGCAGACGUACGCGCUGGACAACGACAAGGUGCUGCUGCGAGGCUGCACACUUAGGAACACCGAAUGGUGCUUCGGCCUCGUCGUCUUCGGAGGUCCGGAUACCAAGCUGAUGCAGAGCUCUGGGAAGACGGUGUUCAAACGGACCAGCAUCGACGGCCUCAUGAACGUGCUGGUUCUGUGUAUCUUUGGCUUUCUGGCCGUGAUGUGCAGCAUCCUGGCGGUGGGUAACGCUAUCUGGGAGGUGAGAGAGGGCUCUGUGUUCAUCGCCUUCCUCCCGCGCCCGAACGGCGUCAACGCCGGAUUCUCCGCCUUCCUGACCUUCUGGUCCUACGUCAUCAUCCUGAACACCGUGGUGCCCAUCUCGCUCUACGUCAGUGUGGAGAUCAUCCGUCUGGGCAACAGCUUCUACAUCGACUGGGACAGGAAGAUGUACUACCCCAAGAGCGACACUCCGGCACAGGCCCGGACCACCACACUGAACGAGGAGCUGGGCCAGAUCAAGUACAUCUUCAGUGACAAGACCGGGACCCUCACCCAGAACAUCAUGACCUUCAACAAGUGCUCUAUCAACGGGAAGUCCUACGGGGAGGUGGUUGACUUUACGGGACAACGAGUUGAAAUUACGGACAAAACCCAGACGGUGGACUUCACCUGGAACGAGCUGGCCGACCCCAAGUUUGUGUUCCACGACCCCAGCCUGGUGGAGCUGGUGAGGGAGGGGGACCUCGCCGCCCAGCACUUCUUCCGUCUGCUGGCGCUCUGCCACACCGUCAUGCCCGAGGAGAAGACCGAGGGGGAGCUGUACUACCAGGCCCAGUCCCCAGACGAGGGCGCCCUGGUCACGGCCGCCAGGAACUUCGGCUUCGUGUUCCGAUCCCGAACCCCCGAGUCCAUCCGCAUCAUGGAGAUGGGCCAGGAGGUGACCUACGACCUCCUGGCCGUGCUGGACUUCAACAACGUCCGCAAGAGGAUGUCCGUGAUAGUGCGUAGCCCCAAGGGGAAGCUCAUCCUGUUCUGUAAGGGGGCUGACACCAUCGUGUACGAGAGGCUCCACCCUUCGUGUUUGAAGCUGAAGGACACCACCACCAGCCAUCUCAAUGAGUAUGCGGGGGACGGCCUCCGCACACUGGCCCUGGCCUACAAGGACCUGGACGACGACUACAUGGAGGACUGGAGGCGGCGCCACCAUGAGGCCAACAUCGCCAUGGAUGGCAAGGAGGAGCGGCUGGACGAGCUGUACGAGGAGAUAGAGAAAGACCUCAUGCUUCUGGGAGCGACCGCGGUGGAGGACAAGCUCCAAGAUGGCGUCCCACAGACCAUCGAGCAGCUGGCUAAAGCCGACAUCAAGAUAUGGGUGCUGACAGGGGACAAACAAGAGACGGCGGAAAACAUCGGCUACGCCUGCAACAUGCUGCGGGAGGACAUGACGGAGGUGUUCAUCGUCGCGGCCAACACGGCGGAGGGUGUGCGAGAAGAGCUGGAGAAGGCCCGGAGGACGAUGUGCCCAGACGCUCCUGAUAAGCCCGUGGUGGUUGAGGCCCGGGCCGGCCUGUUCUGGCGCCAGAAGACCAGGAAGGUGGAGGAUGAGGCUGUGAACGGAGAGUACGCGCUGGUCAUCAACGGACACAGCCUGGCGUACGCCCUGGAAAAGGACCUGGAGCUGGAGCUGCUGCGGACGGCGUGCAUGUGCCAGACGGUGAUCUGCUGCCGGGUCACGCCGCUGCAGAAGGCCCAGGUGGUGGAGCUGGUGAAGCACUACAAGCAGGCCGUCACGCUGGCCAUCGGCGACGGAGCCAACGACGUCAGCAUGAUCAAGGCGGCCCACAUCGGGGUGGGGAUCUCCGGCCAGGAGGGCAUGCAGGCCGUGCUGUCCAGCGACUACUCCUUCGCCCAGUUCCGCUACCUGCAGCGCCUCCUGCUGGUGCACGGCCGCUGGUCCUACCUGCGCAUGUGCAAGUUCCUCCGCUACUUCUUCUACAAGAACUUCACCUUCACCUUCGUCCACUUCUGGUACGCCUUCUUCUGCGGCUUCUCGGCACAGACUGUGUACGACGAGUGGUUCAUCACUCUGUACAACCUGGUCUACACGGCUCUGCCAGUCCUCGGAAUGAGCCUCUUCGACCAGGACGUGAACGACCGCUGGAGCUCCCAGCACCCCCAGCUCUACUCCCCGGGGCAGCUGAACCUCUACUUCAGCAAGAAGGCCUUCGUACGCUGCAUGAUGCACAGCUGCUACAGCUCCCUCAUCCUCUUCUUCAUCCCCUGGGCCGCCAUGUACGACACGGUGCGCGACGACGGCAAGGACAUCGUGGACUACCAGUCCUUCGCCCUGCUGGCGCAGACAUGCCUGCUCAUCGCCGUCACUAUACAGCUGAGUCUGGACACCCACUAUUGGACAGCGGUGAAUCAGUUCUUUGUGUGGGGCAGUCUGUCUGCCUACUUUGCCAUCACCUUCACCAUGUACAGCAACGGCAUGUUUCUCAUCUUCACCUCCACCUUUCCCUUCAUUGGCACGGCGAGGAACUCCCUGAACCAGCCCAACGUGUGGCUGACCAUCCUGCUCACCUCCAUCCUCUGUGCUCUGCCCGUGGUCGCAUACCGCUUCACACUCAUCCAGCUGUGGCCCACCAUCAACGACAAGGUGAGACACAAGGUGCGUAAGGAGGCGCUGCCGGCUCCUGCUCCUCGCCGGCCCCCAGUCAGACGUAUCAGCACCCGGCGCUCCGGCUACGCCUUCUCCCACGCCCAGGGCUACGGCGAGCUGGUCACCUCCGGCCGCUUCCUCCUGAGACGCCCGCAGAAGAUCCGCACGGCCCUCCUCUUCCCCCAGUCCGACUCCCCCCUCUCCCAGGGCCAGCCCCAGCUGUACCGCCCCAUCACAGCCCUCAACAGGGUCCCGGAGGAGGAGCAGCCCGCCCAGCAAUCCUAGGGGACAGAGGAGGAGGUGGCACAGUGCUCCUAGAGGACAGAGGAGGAGGUGGCACAGUGCUCCUAGAGGACAGAGGAGGAGGUGGCACAGUGCUCCUAGGGGACAGAGGA